CUUGCCAUCCUCACUUGGCCACCCCACCCCGGUACUGCCCAUCUGCCAUUAUCGUCCUCACAUUCGGUACCAAGGUGCCAUCGAUGCCUUGUUCGUAGUGGGAAACUAGUGUCGGUCCGUUGCCCUCGCCGUCAGUUAGAGGGCAGGGCUGUGUACGACAGAUUUUGGAGCCGGAAGGUGAUUGCCUGUACUCUCUCGUCUGGCCCAGUGCUCCGAGUUCGAGCUUCGAUACUCGAGCGGGAAGCCUCUGCAGCUUUCCUGUAGACCGCUACGGUAGAGGCCCCUGCGUAUUCCUUCGCUAUGGCGCCAGCAACUUCCUCGUCCCAGGAGGCCUUUGACGUCUCGCAGCACCUCGGCCUGGUCAAUCUGGGCAAUACCUGCUUCUUCAACUCAGUCCUCCAAGCAACCUCAGCCACUCGAGCAUUACACUCGCUCUUCCAUCCCUGGGGUGAUCUUGCGCUGCCUGAGGCGGCCAAUGACUCUGGGAUGACCACCGCGUCUCUCGGAUCUAGGCCAGUAAAUCGCCGCAGAAUACCCGCCCUCCUCCUCACAGAUGAAGAAGCAAAGAGGCCGAUCAUUCCACCGCUCUCUGAGGUGCAGGCAGACGAACUCUUCAAGCUCCUUUCCCUGUCUAACUCCUUCCGCUUCACACUCGAGAAGACGUGGAAGGAACCGAGCAAGGCGACAAAUGUGCGACCUGCCAGCCACAGUCCCAAGGCUCUACUGAAGCUCCUCGCAAGGAAAUUUGACCAAUUCGGACACUACGAGCAGCAAGAUGCACAUGAACUUCUGAGACUGCUGUUAGAUGCCAUGAGGAUGGAGGAGAUGGACUUCAUCAAGAAGAUCCGGCCUCGCGGACCUCGAGAAGCGCAGAGACAGAUCAGCGGCCACUCACUUCGCUCCGACUCAUCCAGCAUGGAAUCUCUCUCUGCAACGGAGCCGAGCGAUGACGGGACGGACGGCUUGCAGUCAGAGGCUACCUCAGGCCCUUCGAGCUCUCGCAGUAGUCAAUUCCAUGAUCAAGGUGACGUCACACCAAUGGCCUCGAACUCUCAACAUCAUCUGAUAUCAGAGGGAGACAUGACGAUUCGGGAACUACCAAAUUCAGAGACAAGUGAUUCUACUUCUGCUGGCGAGUCAUCAGAUGAUCUCGUCUGGGAGGAUAUGAUGUCUCUUGUUGAUGUUCUAUGGGGCGGACAAUUGGCAAGCAUGGUCGUAUGCGAAGGCUGCCGACACGUCUCUCAUACUUACGAAGACUUCUUGGAUCUCAGUCUCCCGCUCAGGCCGGAAGAUGCCGCGACUGCCAGCCUUAGAGAGAGGCGAGCGAAUCGAAUGCGUCUAAUGACAGAUCGGUGGCGAAAGCCUGGCACUCCCGUCAGUUCUGUCCGCUCGGCGAAGAGCACAAAUCCCAGCGAAGAGAGAGAUACGAUUCUCAAGCAGACACUCCGAGCGGAGGUCGCCUCAGAUAAGAUUGCUGCAGCGGAGGGAGCUCCGACAGUGGCCUCUGAUCGCCUUGUUGACGGUGCUGUUUCUGCAGAUGAGGAUUCCCACACUCCCGGGAGUACCAGCUGGUCUGCUUGGGCGUCAACAUUGGGCAGGAGUCGCUCGGCCAGACCAGCAAGUACAGCGCCUGUCAAGUCAGUAACGCCAACCACUGUGACAGACAAGGACACCAUCGACAUGCCUGACAUUGCGUCGAUGGCUCUGACUCCCGAGUCAUCUGCAUCUUGCUCCGUAACGGGGAACGAGGAGGUGUUGAGACGCGAAUUGGCUCGAGCUGUGGAGGCCAAGAGCAAAGGCUCUAAAGACCUACUGACUGCGCUCAGCAACGCUUCCAGAGCGCAUAGUCGUGCAGGAAGCAGGAACAGAGAUGGAGUCAUCAGCAGAACUAACAGUCCCGGCUCGGAGAAGCCCCCUGCAAGGGCCGAGACCUCAGACGCCGAACACAGCCAACAUCAUCUUCUCGCUGGUCUUCUACAUCAUCACUCCGCUCACAGAUCCCACCGUGAGCCGUCCAAACGAGCUCAAUACAUAGCCAAAGCUUUCGGGGAGCCUGGACAAUCAGCUCCAACAACUGCCUCUUCCUCGCUUUCAGGUGCCGGAAAGCACACAUUCCGGAGCAAGGUACGGGCGGAUCAGGCUACGACUGGCUUGGCUGUUGCGCUUCGAGCCUUCACGACCUCUGAGGUCUUGAGCGAAGAAAAUGCUUUCAACUGCAAACGCUGCUGGAGGCGACUCAACCCCGCUAAAGGAGCAGAACGUGAGCGCUUGAGGCGACGAAGAGCGAGGAAAGGCAAGAAUCCUAGUGGAAGCGAGGACAGUGAGGAUGAUGAUGGGGGGGAAGCCGGCGAAGAUGAGGAUCUUGCGACUGCCGGUGGUGCAAUAGCGUCGUACCCUGCAGCGAGUUCUAUAGGACCUGUCAAACUCGUCGCUCCGAAGCCUCAACGGGCGGCCACUGGCUUGCUAAAUCCGUUGAGCCUUGGGUCCUCAGAAGACGAAGCCUCGGAUGCGGAAGCUAUUGUCAAGAGCAAGAUCGUGGUGGGCGAGCAUCUCGAUGCUCCCGGACCUUCGGCGAUCGAUCUCUUGGAAGAGGGAGCACGAACUCCAGGCUCCAGGAGGAGCUCGACGCAGCCUCCCGAAAGCCAAUUCUUCAACAUCUCCAGAAACAUCAGCGGCGGCCUGGUGUCCGGAGCGCAUCCUGCACCAACAUCGACUUCAGACCAGCAAGGCAACGCCGCUGAUGUCCAGCACGAUAUCAAUGCAGCACGCUCAGUCCCUGCAGAUGAAAUUCCGAGACUACUCGGGGGCAGCAGCUCUUCAUUAGGCUCCUCCAGGAGCGUGCAGAGCGGCGAGCCAUCUAUGGACGAACGUCCUCUGUCGCCUGGCAGCAGCGCCUCUGCUGAUCAGCCAGCAUCGAUGCGGGCGCGAGCUGCGUCCUCAGCAGGGUCGGCCGUCAGCCAGCCUGAUCGAGAUGUCUCUGAGUCGGGCAACGACAGCGAUGCCUCGAGCGGCUCAGCCAAUCACAAGUCAAGCCACACUGGUAAUCCGAGAAUGCUCUCAACAUCGUCAAUCGUCCGACCUGCGACGGCAGACUCAGUUCAGAGUCUCGACAAGACGAAAAUGCCGCCGCCUUCUUCCCGUGCCAUUCAACGUCAGCAGCCGAAGCGAUCCCAGCAGUCAAUCCCUAGGAGGGCUCUGAAGCGGUAUCUCAUCUCCAGCUUCCCUCCCAUCCUGGUCUUUCAUCUCAAACGCUUCCAGGCCAAUACUUCGACCCGCUCCACAAGCUUCUUCAGUAGUAGCGGCAACUCUACUUUCAAGAAGAUCGAUGAUGUCGUCACCUAUCCCGAAUGGCUGGACAUGGCGGAAUGGAUGGCACCGCCUCGGGAGGAGUAUGACAGACAUGGGAACCUGAAGGAGACGUCUGAUCCUCGUGUAUGGGAAGCGUAUCACAAGAGCUCAGCUGAGAGAUCAACUGCGCAUCAACAUGUCGCUACCAGCGAUGAAAGCCCCGAUGCCUCGCUUACACUCACGAAUGACAGUACAGGCCUGAAGAGAAAGCCUUCGCGCUGGUCAAGGACCUUUUCGCGAGGCCCUUCCGGCUCCUCGACCAAUUCGGCUUCGGGUCUACCGGCGCCGAUCCCGUCUCCAUCGCAAUCAAGAGUGACUUCACCCGCUCUUGGUCAGGCGGCUUUCCGAUCUCACUCCGGUGAGCAUGAAGCUGCGGGUUCCAGCGGACCGUCUAGCAUGCACAGCACGCCUUCGCCUCUCUAUCGACUGUACAGCGUUGUAGCGCAUCAUGGCACAACCAUGCAUGGUGGGCAUUACACCUCGUACGUCCUGUCCGACCGAUGCGCUCCUGCAGCUGGCAAGAAGGGCAGAGACAAUAGACAGAAUGGCACUGGCAAAGAAGGUGCCGCGAAUGGGGAUGCAAAGGCAGGGCGUCUGUCGGCAGAGCACUCUACCAGCCGCCCUCAUCAACCAACUGAUGACCAGCGUCAGUGGGUGCACUGCUCGGACACCGUCGUCAAGCCGUCGACGCUGGAACAGGUUCUGAGAUGUAAGGAUGCUUACAUGGUGUGGUACGAAAGGGUAGCUUAGCAGUGGCUGGCAUCGUGAACGACUGAGUCUCCGUACUUGCACUUCGCAGUCGUUGUCGUCGUUGUGUUUCCCCUACAUCAUAUAUCAUGCAUUGUAAAUCUUAAUCACAUUACACAUUGGCCU